AUGCUCUCACGUGUUGCUGCAGUGAAGGCACCCCGCACACACAACCGUCGCCGCGUGACCGGAUCCAGCGGGAGGAGGAGGGAAGGAGGAGAGAGUGAGCGGCAGAGGCCCAACAUGUCCCGGCAUCUCUUCUACUCCGCGGUGCUUCUCCUCAUUGUGAUGAUGUGCUGCGGCACAGGAGUUGCUCAUGCGGAGGUGCAGCCAUCGCAAAAAAAUUUUGAAUGGAAAGUCAUCAAGGAUGAGGGUGUAACUGUGGAGUCGUUGGGUGUUCCCAGCCUUCUAAAGGUGGGGAGUGAAGUAUUUGCCGUUGCCGAGGCGAAAAACACGGGGAAGGACGUUCAAGGCAGCUUUACUGGCAUUGCAUCCCAACUUCUCACGGAGACAGUGGAAAAAAAGGAUAACACACCGGUGGAAAUAAUGAAUGAUGCCAACACGAAGACACAAUUUCUGGAGGAAUCUAUUUCCGCAGGCCCAAAGAAGAAAGUGGAUGUGAGCCGACCAACAACAGUUAUGAAGGGAAAAGACAUUUACAUGAUUGCUGGGAAAUACAGCCAGACAGCUGCUACCGGUGAGAAUAGAGGUGCCGAUGACUCGGGGCUAUUGCUGGUGAAAGGGGAAGUCGGUGGUGAAGAAAAUAAGAAAAUAAUUUACUGGAAAAAUACUGAAAGUCUCCCGCGAAGACUUUUUGGCACAGAACUCGAAUCCUUGACGGGACUGAUUGGCGGCGGUGGAUCGGGUGUUAAGAUGCAUGAUGAUACGCUUGUGUUCCCAGUGGAAGGCACGAAGAAGAAGGGUGACGCACCAAACGAUGUGAAAACCGUUUCGCUGAUUAUACACGACUUGAAGGAUACUACUGAGAUUUGGAAGUUAUCGAAGGGGAUGUCUGACGGUGGCUGCAGUGAUCCCUCCGUCGUGGAGUGGAAGGACAAAAAACUCAUCAUGAUGACUGCGUGUGAUGGUGGCCGCCGCAGGGUGUACGAGAUCGGUGACAAGGGGGAGUCGUGGACGGAGGCACUCGGGACACUCUCGCGCGUGUGGAGCAACAAACAGGGCGCAGGAGCGAAGGCCGUUAGAAGCGGGUUCAUCACAGCGAAGAUUGACGGUGAAGAUGAUAAGAGAAAUGUGAUGCUCGUCACUCUGCCGGUUUAUUCCGAGAAGGCUGAUAAAAAAGUAACGGACAAUAGAAAGAGUGAACUCCAUCUUUGGCUGACGGACAACACGCACAUUGUUGAUAUUGGGCCGGUAUUCGAUGAUGACGCUGCCGCCAGCUCCCUGUUGUACAAAAGUGGAGAUAAUAAUGAGAAGGAGGAGUUGAUUGCACUGUACGAGAAGAAGAAGGACGGUGAGAAAGAAACAUCACCUGGUAUGGUCUCUGUGCUUCUGACUGCGCAGCUGAAGCGGGUGAAGGAUGUGCUGGCGACGUGGAAGGAGGUGGACGGCCGUGUCUCCAAGCUGUGCACCUCUGAGAGUGUUGAGAAGGAUGCCUCAACCGGCGAUGCCUGCAGCCCUACUGUUAAGAUCACGGAUGGGCUGGUUGGCUUUUUGUCCGGCAACUUCUCUGGUAACACAUGGAGGGACGAGUACCUCGGGGUGAACGCCACAGUGAAGAAUAAAGAGGAUGCAGGGGAGACAGGGGCAACAAAUACUUCCGAUGGUGUGACUUUCCGGGGAGCGUGGGCGGAGUGGCCUGUUGGCAGUCAGGGGGAGAAUCAGCUGUACCACUUCGCGAACUACAACUUCACUCUUGUGGCGACGGUGUCCAUCCACGGUGUGCCGCAGGAGGGUUCUCCCAUUCCUUUGAUGGGUGUGCAGAUGAAUGACAGCGGGAAGAUUGUUCUCCUGGGACUGUCGUACAACAGCGGAAAGAAGUGGCAGGUGCUGUGUAGUGGCGGGCCGAUCAGGAACACAGCAGCACUUUGGAGAAGGAUACAACACAUCAGGUGGUGCUUAUGCUACGGAACGGGCACCCAGGCUCCGCGUACGUCGAUGGUCAUCCCGUGGGGUGGGAAUGUGUCCUGUGCAUUGGGAAAUAGGGAUCAAAGAGA